AUGACUCUGUAUGCUUUUGGCUCGAAUAGCUCUGGUCAACUAGGCAUUGGCAAUAAGGAUGAUGCGUCCAGACCACAGCAGUGUCUUUUCAGUGACACGGGUCCUCGUGAUCCACUGAAAAUUGUAGCUGGCGGAAGUCUCUCAAUGCUGUUAUGCGCCUCGGGCGCAGUGUAUCACGCCGGAGUCAUGAAAAGCGUACAAUCAGAGGCUCCGACAAGGGGUGUAGAAGCGGUCACUCAUUUUGAACCAUCGCCUCUGACCAAGAUUCACAGGGCAAAAUUGUGCGCGGCGGCUUGGGACAUGUUUACGAUUGUCACUGAAGCUGAUGAGGUAUACGUUUGUGGCAAAGGGAACAAAGGCGAGCUUGGCCUUGGCAAGAACGUCAGAGCCGUUGAUACAUGCACCCAGCUGUAUAAUUUCCCUCCUGAAGGUGUCUACAUCCGAGAUAUUGCUAGUAGUGUAAGUCAUACAGUGGCUGUGCUUUCCAAUGGCGAAGCCUACGGUUGGGGCAAUGGUCGAAAAGGCCAGCUUGGAGACCCGUCCGACUUCGUAUGGGUGCCUCGGAGAAUUGAGGGUUUGGGGUUUCACAUUGUACGAGCAGUGUGUGGCCGUGAAUUUUCCUUUCUCGUGGGCUCAGCAUGGCAUGGUGAGGCUGUCGUCCUCGGAUCCGAUAGAUGGGGCGUUCGAUCUCAAUUUCCAGGUCCCAUCAAGAAUUGGAAGGAUGUGGGUGCAAGUUGGGGGAGCAUCUUUGUUCUCGCUGAAAACGGUCACAUAUGCUCUUGGGGGCGCAAUGAUCGAGGGCAGCUCGCGCCAAGGAACCUGCCUGCGGUAGACCAAAUUGCGGUUGGCAGUGAGCAUGCUAUCGCUUUGACAGAAGCAGGUGAAGUGGCUUGUUGGGGGUGGGGUGAGCACGGCAAUUGCGGCGAUCACACUGAUGAACAAGGCAAUGUCGCGUUCACAUGGAAUAGCAUUAGUUCACAGACUUUGAGUGAAACCCAGACUGUUGGCGGUAUUGGCGGUGGCUGCGCGACCACCUUUCUCUGGACGAGGAAAGAAAGCAACGAGAAAUGA